CACUGUGUCGCCAUCUAGCGUCUCCAAGGUGCUACUGCUAGGGGAUUACAAACAUGGCAACCAGGUGGGGAAUCUGCAGCGCUGGCAAGAUUUGUCACGAUUUUACCGUGGCCUUAAAAACUCUUCCUCCCGAAGACCACCAGGUUGUUGCUGUUGCUGCCCGCAAGCUGGAGGAUGCGCAGCAGUUUGCAAAAAAACACAGCAUCCCUCAAGUGUACGGCAACUACGAGGAGCUGGCCAGAGAUCCAAACAUCGAUGUUGUGUACGUUGGCACGAUCCAUCCCUACCAUCUGAAGGCGUGUUUGCUCUUCAUGGACGCCAAGAAAAACGUUCUGUGCGAGAAGCCCCUGGCCAUGAACGCCAAGGAGGUGAAGGAUAUUCUGGCCUGUGCAAAGAGAAACAAUGUCUUCCUCAUGGAGGCCGUGUGGACCAGAUUCUUCCCGGCCUCAGCGGAGAUCCGCCGGCUGCUGGCGGAAGGCGAGCUGGGCGAGGUGAAGAUGGUGAGGUCCGAGUUUGGCGUUCCGGUGAUUCAUAUACCGAGAUCCAUGAACAAGGAGCUUGGCGGAGGUGCGAUGCUAGACCUCGGCAUCUACUGCCUGCAGUUCGCCCUCAUGGUGUACGGCGGAGAGAGACCCCAGAGUGUUCAGGCCAUGGGCGUCUGUGCAGAGACUGGGGUGGAUGAGACUGUGGCGGUCACUUUGAAGUUCUCUAACGGCAGGUUGGCGGUAUUCACGUGCUCCUCGGGGCUGCAGCUCCGCAAUGACGCCUUUAUCGUGGGCACCAAAGGCAACAUCAGGAUUCCCGUCCACAUGUGGUGCCCCACAACCAUGGAGGUGAACGGGAAGGAGAUCCUCUACACUCUUCCUGAACCAUGCAUGCCCCUCAACUUCCUCAACAGCACAGGAAUGCGCUACGAAGCAGAGGAAGUCCGACAGUGUUUGCUCAAAGGUUUAAAAGAGAGUCCAGUGAUGUCUCAUGCCGACUCUCUUCUGCUGGCUGAAGUGGAAGACGAAGUGCGCAAGCAGGUGGGCGUGGUCUACAACCAGGACCGCAGCUAGCUGUACAACUAAGGCAAAGGAGCAGAUUCAUCACCACGUGCUAUGUUUUUUUUUAUUGAUAUGAAAGUGAUACAUUUACCCUAGAAAUCACAAAUAUUUUUUACAACAGGGAUUGUUUUCUUAAAUAGUCAAAUAAAGCAUUUUUCUUAAGA